AUGGCAGAAGAGACAGUGAUCAUGUCUGCACUCUCCACCCUCACUCCUUCCCAACUUUCUGAUCUAACCCACUCCAUUCUUUCGCAAACUCUCCACCAUCACCACUGCCUCUCCUCCCUUCUCUCUCGUCCCGCCUCCUUCUCCCUCGCCCUCCACCACCUCCACACUCUUUCCCUUUCUAAUAAAACCCUUCUCAUUGCCAAGCAUCUCCUCUCGUCUCUCCACCAUCUCACCCGCCACUUCCACUCACACGCCCCCACCUCCAUCGCCAUCACACACCGUGAUCUCGAUGCAGCAUUGCUUCUCCUUCUCCUUUGCGACGUCCAUCAACAAAACCCCGAGAUUCUUAAAGCCCCGCACGACGAAUGGCGCCAUAUUUUGAGCAAACGUUGCUCUCAUACCAUUUUAAUGCAGUCCAGUAUUGGAGUGUAUUAUGGUGGCGUGCUUUUACCUUAUGUUGAGAUGAUAAUAAGGUGUCGGAAGUUCGUGACCGCAACAGGGUGUUGCGGAGAGAAGGAGGUGGCGGCUGCACCAUCAGCGGUGGUGUCCCUUCCGACAGUAGAGGUGAAAGUUAGUGAGGAAUGCGCCAUAUGCAAGGAGGAGAUGAAGGAAGGGAGAGAUGUGUGUAAGUUGCCGUGCAACCACUUGUUUCAUUGGAUAUGCAUAUUGCCGUGGCUAAACAAGAGGAACACUUGCCCGUGCUGCCGGUUUCAGCUUCCGACACAAGAUUUGUUGGGAGAGAUCGAAAGGCUGUGGGGUGUUCUGGUCAAGGCUGGGGGUGGUAGUGGAACCCUUACUUGA